AGGAAGAGGAGGACGGAGCAGAGUCUGUAGUAUCUGGCUGUCUGUCUAUGAAGAGUGACCGGUCCAGAGGUUAUCCUCCUCUAUUCUUCAGUAAUGAACCUGGACCCUCAGACACAAAAGUUCAGGACAACAGACAGAGAGCAGAGUCUGUAGUAUCUGGCUGUCUGUCUAUGAAGAGUGACUGGUCCAAUGAUCCUCCUCUAAACUUCAGUAAUGAACCUGGACCCUCAGACACAAAAGAGAGGAAGAGGAGUGAUGUUUGUGAGGAGGAGCAGCCAUCCAGAUCCAGAACCAGAGCUGGACUGAAGACAGCCAAUCAGAGCAGCUCUGAACAAAUGAAUGUUGGUCGUCAGAAACAUAAGAUCAGGCUGAAGGGGACAUUUGAACGUGUGACUGAAGGAGCUGAAACAGGAAGUAGAACCCUCCUCAACAGGAUCUACACUGUCCUCUACCUCAUAGAGGGACAGAGUGAAGAGGUUAAUACCCAACAUGAGGUGAGGCAGCUCGAGACAGCUUCCAAGAAGAAGACCCUCCAUGACUCUCCAAUCAAGUGCUGUGACAUCUUUAAAGCCUUACCUGACCAACAGAAACACAUCAGAGUCGUUCUGACGAGUGGCGUCGCUGGCGUUGGAAAAACCUUCUCAGUGCAGAAGUUCUGUCUGGACUGGGCCGAGGGUUUGGAAAACCAAGAAAUCAGUCUGGUGAUUCCUCUUUCCUUCAGGGAGCUGAACUUGAUCAAAGAUGAGCAGUACAGUCUUCUGGAGCUGCUCCGUGUUUUCCAUCCAACAUUACAGGAGGUUCCAGCAGAGCUGAAGGAGGAGUACUUCAGGAAGAGAGUCAGUGAUGAAGAGCUCUCCAGCAGAAUCAUCUCCCACAUCAAGACCUCCAGGAGCCUCCACAUCAUGUGUCUGAUCCCAGUCUUCUGCUGGAUCACUGCUACAGUUCUGGACCACAUGUUGACUGCAGACCAGAGAGGAGAGCUGCCCAAGACCCUGACGGACAUGUACUCACACUUCCUGCUGGUUCAGACAAAGAGGAAGAAGCUCAAGUAUGCUGAGGGACAUGAGACGAGUCCACAGGAGCUGAUGGAGGCUGACAGGGAAGUUCUUCUGAAGCUGGGGAGGCUGGCGUUUGAACAGCUGAAGAAAGGAAACAUCAUGUUCUACCAAGAAGACCUGGAGCGCUGUGGUCUGGAUGUCACAGAGGCCUCGCUGUACUCAGGAGUUUGUUCAGAGAUCUUCAAAAGGGAGAGCGUGAUCUUCCAGAAAACAGUCUACUGCUUCGUUCAUCUGAGCGUUCAGGAGUUUCUGGCUGCAGUCUACCUGUUCCACUGUUACACCAACAGGAACACACAGGUACUGAACUGGGAUGAUGAUGAUGAUGAUUAUGGUGAUUGGGACAAUGAUCAUUACUCAUCCCUGGAUGUCUUCCUGAAGAAAGUCAUGAAGAAAUCCCUGGAAAGUAAAAAUGGCCACCUGGACCUGUUUGUCCGCUUCCUUCAUGGCCUCUCUCUGGAGUCCAACCAGAGACUCUUAGGAGGCCUGCUGAGUCAGACAGACAACAGUCCACAAAUCAUCCAGAGAGUCAUCAACAACCUGAAGGAGAUGAACAGUAAAAAUAUCUCUCCUGACAGAAGCAUCAACGUCUUCCACUGUCUGACAGAGAUGAACGACCACUCAGUCCAUCAGGAGAUCCAAGAGUUCCUGAAGUCAGAGAACAGAUCAGAGAAGGAACUCUCUGAGAUCCACUGCUCAGCUCUGCUCAGCUCUGGCAUACAUGCUGCAGAUGUCAGAGGAGGUUCUGGAUGA